AUGACCGUUGGCUAUGACGCAUCGAGAUCGUUUAAUUUAGAUCAAAAUUAGUGAGGAAAAACCGAAAUUAUUUCUCUUCUAUUUAAAGUCGAAUGAAAAAUGGGCUGGAAAGUUCUUUUGGUAAUUAUUUUGCUGACGACUGACUGACUGAUCGUUUGACUGACUAACUGAUUGACUGACUAACUGGCUGAUUGACUAAGUGACUGACGGACUAACUGACUCACAGAAAGGUGGACGGAAGAAUCGAGCGAACAAAGAGUGUGUGUGUGUGUGUUUCUCAUUGUCCUUUGGUCAUGUGCACCGUGGCAUGAAAUUUGGGACGUCGUUUUCCAAGAUCUUGAUUAAUGGCUCCUAAAGAUUUUUAGAGCACCAAUCUCUGAAUAUGUUGAGAUCAACUAAAGGAAUCAAACAAACAAACGAAAAAAGAUCGAUCUAUUCAUCCAUCGAUCAAACACAGAAAAACAAUUUCCUCUUUCACUUUUAUUUUCAUUGUUGAGGAACUGGCUAUUUAGGAAGAAACAUAAAAAGAAGAAACAUUAAUUAAAAAAUAUAGUAGAAAAAUGACUCAAAAUAACCUUAUUCAGUUUAUUUUGGGCAUUAGUUGCUAUAUUUUUGACGAACUGAGGUCUUGUGAAGGUAAGUCUCUUACACGGGGGUAUCUCAAAGUCCUUUCUCCCAUCACAGAUAAUUUUUCUUUUAAAAUACAUGUCAUUGCUGCGAUAUACUUACUUUUCCAUCCUAUUUUCUAUCUUCUGUUUCUGCAUUACAUUAGUUCCAAGUGCUCUAUAGUCCUUCUCUUCUCCGCUUUCCAGCCGUUCUGAUUGUUCCGACCGUUCCUGUGUUUCAGGCCUCGUAUCCUAGAUUUCCGGUAUCCCUUGACACUCACCAAAGCGGCAGUUCGAGAUCGACCGGUUCAUUACGACAAGGCUAACCUGCAGAACAGUCGCAAUUUUGACGAUAACACAGCUGAAAUAUCUCAUUGUCAUCAUUUUAGUCAGCCUUUUUACCUUAUAGACAUGUCUGAUGAGGUGGAGAAGAAGCUUGAUGUAGAGAAUUCCAAGUCAAACCCGGAGGAAAGCCCGAAGGAACAAGCCGCCGGUGAUGAUGAGUCUACGGAACAGAAAAAAAAAUUUUCCGUUCUGAAGGUGAAAUUUGGACCAGAUUCUUCUGGAGACACAAAUGGAGAACACUCGAAUGAGUCUUCUUCACCAUCCAGUCCGAUCGAAAGCCCGCGAAGCCCUGAACAUUUCACUCACGGUUACGCUACCAACGAAGCCAUCCCCAUGACUAUCUUCUAUCGCAGUCAGCACUCGCACGGACACGGUGGAAAACAACGGCCCACACUGCAGCAACUACGAAAAGGCUUAGAAAAUGACAAGGUAUGAAUGUAUUUUAAGAGUGGUCAACCGUUGAAGUACGAACGCUCGUGGGCUUUUCAUUUUCAGUUUGGUGAAUUUUUGAAUUUUCGUUCACUUGUCACGUGCAAUGUGGUCUUGCGUGUAUCAAGAUGGGUGUGAAAUCUUCCGACCGGUGAAUGUUUUCCAUUUUUGAUAAAGUUAUCGUGAUUAGGGGUUUAGACGAUGUUAUUUUGAUACGCGGCGGUAAAUCUAAUUUGUAUGCUGAGUGAACGAAAUUAAUGAUGGUUCACUGGAGAAUAAAGCUCCCAGGAUUGCGAAAACAACCGAGAAACACAGUACCUUAGCUACAGAGUUCUCUAGUCCGUUUGAUGUUUAUAAACAAAGCAUUGCCGUGUAAUUAAGUCACAUCACUGAAGAAAACAUUAUAAAAUUUAAAAUAUUGCUGCAAAGUCUAAAUGUGUUUGUAUCCUUGACACGCACCACUUGGUUAAAUGAACUGAUGAUCAAAAACACUCGCGCCUAUAUUGAUUUUAUGGGCAGCUCGCUAACCGUUUUUGAUUGUAAAAGCUCCGUCAAAGCUUCUUAAAAGUUAAAUUUGAUUCAAUUUAUAAAACUCGGCCUGCGGACUAGACACGAAAGUUGUACUUGAGCCAUGUAGAAAUUAGUAGCUUAUGUGAUUAAAAAAUAUGCAAAUACGUACGAAAUUGAUUUUAGGUGUGGUAAAAAAUCACAAUAUUCAGUUACCGAGAUAUGUUUACCUUUUGAGCAAUCGAUUAUAGAACCUCUCUUGGUUUGUUGAAUUAUUGAUUUGUGCAGCAUGUUUGAACAACCACAGAAAAUGGCCCAUGAUUUUCAAACUUUUCAACCAUUUUUCCAACAUUGCAAGUAGAUUAUUAUGAGGACAGAAAAUGUGGCCAUUAUUUUUAAAAAGUAACCAGUUUAAGUUCACCGUUAUUGUGAAAUAUCACGUUUUGAUUAAAAUCAGAACAAUUUCAUAUUUCAGGUGUUGUAUAAUUUAUUAUCUGUAAAAUUAUUGAGAUAAGUUUUAAAAAUUUGAUACAAAAUAAAGAUAUUUACAGCUGUAUGACCAUUUCUGGUAUAUGUGCUGUUUAUUUAUACUAAAACUGCUGGCAUACAUGAUCAACUCUUUUGUAAUGGAACAACAUUGAAUUAAAUGAUUUAUAUAUGGUACAUUGAUAAAUUGGACUGGCCUGCAAGCAGGCAAGUUAAUCUUUACUUGCCUGAAAAAACUGAUGACUUUCUAAGAGUAAUGCAGUAGUUUUGAUUGUGGCGUAGUAAUCAAAAACACUCAAACAACCUGAAAUUGCUGACCACAAAUAAAAUAUAACAUGAAAAAAUCUUAAUUGUGUUGGUGGUAAAUCAGUUGGCUACUUACAAGUGAAGCCUAAGGGGUUACACUAAGGACUAAGCCAAGUGAUUUGUACUCAUUCCAAAUUUUCAUUUAUUUUUUAGGCGGAAUUUAUAGAGGAAACUGCCCCUCUGGAUGAUAGCAGAUUAGAAGAUGGCCAGGAUUCUAUAGAAAUAAGAAAUGGAAAGAGUGCACCAAAGUUUGGUUGGAUCAAAGGUGUGCUUUUUGGCUGUCUGCUCAACAUAUGGGGUGUGAUGCUUUAUUUACGGCUCUCCUGGGUGGUGGGACAAGCUGGAAUUGCUUUGGCUUCUCUCAUUGUGAUCAUGUCUGCUGUGGUAACUACUCUGACGACAUUAUCAUUAUCUGCAGUUUGUACCAAUGGUGAAGUCAAAGGAGGUGAGUGGUUAUCAUGUGGCAUGAUGCAUCAUAUUAUGAGGGGGGCAUUGGGAUUUUUGGUUCUGUGGUUUUGGCUAUUUUUUAGACCAAUUUUUCGGUUUUUGCACCAAAAAACUUGGGUUUUUCAGUUUUGGUGUUCAUUGGGGUUUGCAGAUUUUCAGUUUUUUAGCAUUUGGUUUUUGGUUUUCAUGAAAAAUACUAACAGGUUUUUGGAUUUGAUAUCUGAUGCAGUUUUUGGUUUUUCCUAUUUGACCUAAAUGGGUUCUGGUUUCUCUUCGAUCUAAGGGGCAAUAACACACUUCCGCUGAUCUCGGGUAGCUGCUAAAUGCAAAUGUUAUCGAGAGGAAUGCGUGACAAACCAAUUGAAAUAUUAUUGGGAUCCCUCCCCCAAAGUGGGGGGGGGGGAGGGUGUGGUUACAUAUAGGGUACAGCUAAGGACAGAAUAUUGCCAGAGUUUCUUUAUCAAUGCCACCUCAAAGUUGGUGACCAAAUUACAGGCCACAUGUGACUGAUUGAUUCAACAUUCCAAUAGAAUCUCCAGACUUUCUGGUCUUAGUUUGCAAAUGGAAGUGUUAGAUUAGGGAUUUUUGAUGACACUUUCCAGAGCUAUAGCUAUUUGUGACUGCAAAAUUGCAAUUCUAUUGAGGACUUUUGUGCAACUUUCCUUUAUUUAAUUAGGCUCUAUUACCAGCUGCUGAGUCCACAGAGACCACGCUCGAGGUCCUCGAGAGAGUAGCUGUUAAUUUAAGCAGAUACUAGAAGAUACAAAUGCCAAGCCCAUGGCAUUCAUAAAUCCUGUAAUGAAAUUAUUGUAGUUUACUCUGUAUGCUCCACUUGUCACCACUGUAUUGGAUCAAUCAGGGUUUUAAUAACUGGGAUGUGAAAAUGUAUCGGUUUUGACAGUUUUGCAUGUGGUUUUCAGUUUUUAUUGCAUUUUUUUUCGGUUUUUUGGUUUUGGAUGAUUUUUUCUACAGUUUUGCAGUUUCUAAUAGGCCCUAAUGCCCCCCUCCAUUAUUAUAGGUACUGACUUGUCAUAGCACAGCACUGUCCAGUAUUCUGUGCUAUAUUAUAUACCUAUUUAUGCAUUUAUCAUUGACUAAUCAGGAUGGAAUAUUUUUUUGAGUAUGUGAUAAGUCCCUGAAAUAUUUUAAGCACAUUGGGUGACAUAAGUUGCCACGACAGAAUUUUUCCUGACAAUAUUGAUGCAAUAUCAAACAGAAAAGUGAUUAAGAUACAAUACAUACAAUACAAUAUUUUUCUAUUACAGCUCCCCUAUAGGAGGCUAUUCUGUCGUAAUAUACAGUGAUAGAAAAUACACAAUAAUACAUUGCAAUGGGGUGAAAAAUAUUUACAUGUGUUUGCAAAAAAAAUAUCUACAUAUAACGUUCAUUAGGAGAUUAUAAGUUAAUCCAUCACCAAUUUCUUUCAAAGUAACACAAUAAGAAUUGUAUAACAGACAGUAUGGAGAAUUACUAAUUAAUAAGAUCUUGAAGUCAAAAUGGUUUAGCAUCCUGGGUGAUGUAUGUUACUAUCAGGCACCUAAUUUCCCCAAACACAAUUCACUGAUGCAAAUUAAAUAUUCAGUAAACAUACUUUUCUUGUAGGUGGUGCCUAUUAUCUCAUUUCCCGCAGUCUAGGGCCUGAGUUUGGAGGCUCCAUUGGCAUAAUCUUCUCAGUAGCCAGUGCUGUGGCAACAGCAAUGUACGUGGUUGGUUUUUCAGAAACGGUGCGGGAUAUCCUCCGGGAUAACGGCUCCCUUAUAGUAGAUGAGUCCAAUGACAUACGCAUUGUGGGCCUCAUAACUGUUGUCAUUCUCCUCGGCAUCACCAUGAUUGGGUUAAAGUGGGUUGUACGUGCACAAAUGUUACUUCUUAUAGUACUAGUUAUUUCCAUUCUUAAUGUGCUGAUUGGCACUUUCAUUGGGCCACAGUCUGAGGAAAGCAGAAGCAGAGGUUUUGUUGGGUACCAAAAGGAUGUGUUUGAGACCAAUUUGGGUCCUGGUUAUAAAGGCGAGAGUUUCUUCUCUGUCUUUGCAGUCUUCUUUCCUGCUGCAACAGGGAUUUUAGCUGGGGUGAAUAUAUCUGGUGAUCUCAAAGAUGUGCACAAGGCUGUUCCAAAGGGGACCUUGCUGGCCAUUCUAAUCAGCACCAUUGUGUAUGUCAUGCUUGCUUGGUUUGUGGGUGGAUGCGUCGAGAGAGAAGCUCUGGGGUUUGUGCAGGAGGUGUUGCAAAAUAAGACUUUGGCUUCUUGUGUAGAACAGGAGUGUAGAUAUGGGCUUCUAAAUGAUUUUCAGGUAAGGUUUCCUUUAAAAAAACAAAGCAUAUACUGUUAAAUUUUUUCAAAAUGCUUGCACAUAUGUCACUGGUAUUCCAUCCAUCUUAUUCAUUUCAACCCUAUAAUUCCCAAGAUCUGAUCGUUAAUUCUCUGGCCUCUACCUUCUACACAUCUCUUUGUAAAUGAGUCACAAGAAUUUGGUGUUAUUUCAAGAUAACAUUCUCAUUCCCAGUUUUCUUUAUGUUAUAAUUAUGUACAUGUGGAGAGAAAUUACAUGCGAGUCACUUAUGGGAGUUAUAGGGUUUUAAAAGAAUAGCUUGGCUUGCAAAUUCUUUGGCUCAGGUCUCUUUGUAGCCACCCUGUCACAAGAGGUCAUUCCACUGAGAACAGGGUUGUUCUGCUGAUUUACCUCGAUAAUUCCAUGGAUAAAGUCUUCUGACUUCUAGUGAGAAUUAUGAGUUAAAAUAGCUGGCUUAGAUGCUAUUGAAGGUCAUUUGGCCUCUUUGUGUUGCAUUUGCACUUACAUGUAGUAUUAAUACAGUAUAUACAACUUUCCCCAAAGACUGAGGCCAAUUACUUCGAAAUUUGAGUUAUCAAUUGAUUAAUUGAUCCCUAACUUAUUUAAGUAGUUAUCUUUUAGUAAAUUUAUCUUUUAGGUUAUGGAGGAAGUGUCGGGAUGGGGUCCAAUUGUAACAGCAGGCAUCUUUGCAUCCACUUUGUCCUCUGCACUUGCGAGUCUUGUCGGGGCACCCAAAGCAUUCCAAGCAGUUUGCAAAGACAAGCUUUUUCCUUACAUAGAUUUCUUUGGUGUUGGUUAUGGGCCUGGCAAUGAACCUCGUAGGGGCUACAUCUUGGCUUUCUUCGUAGCGGCAGCGUUCAUUGCCAUCGGAGAUCUCAACGUGAUUGCCCCAAUCAUAUCCAACUUUUUCCUCAUUGUGUACGCUCUCAUUAACUACGCCGUGUUUGCUGCCUCGUUAUCGCGUUCUCCGGGAUGGCGGCCCUCGUUUAAGUACUACAACAUGUGGGUGUCGCUGUUAGGGGCCUUGCUGUGUAUCGCUAUGAUGUUCCUUAUCAACUGGUGGGCCGCACUGUUGACAAUAUUCAUUGUGCUGAUAUUGUACAAGUAUGUCGACUUCACCAAACCUCAGGUUAGACUUGAAAUGCGAAGGAAAGUGUGUGGUUUUAUAUUUUAGUCGGUCCUUUGUAAAAAGGUUGGGGUACCAUCAAAAUCGUUAACCUCCAGGAGUGACUAGCAUCUGAUUUCUGCCUGUAGUAUCACCCCUGAACCAAUAAAGGAAAUGAUCACCAACUAAAGCAGUGUUCUCCUUUUCAGGCCGUAACCGGUAACAUUUACCACCCGUAGUACCUCUUAUUACCGUUUAAAAUUGCUUGGAAUUCUUGAAAAUUCAUCUGGCAAAAGGAUUGCUUUACCGGUUUGAAAAUUUAUUUUACCUGUCGUGCUUAAAAUAAGAGAGAACACUGCUAAAGGAGCACUAGAUUUCUAAUAAAUUCUCAAUGUGAACACCUGAGGAAAUGGAAAGGGAGUUAGGGGUUUAUAAACUAGUUUCCAUGUAAUGAGAAGAUUUGCCAUCUCUCGCUCUCCGAAUAGACAAGUUACUGGACAACAGGAAUCUGCGGUGUAACCAUUUUAGCGUGGAAAGUAGAGGGGUUUUGCCGUAGAAUGAAGGUGGAAGUUAUUGAUACCCGAGCUCUGAGAAGUUAUCUCGUCAAGCGACAAAUUUAAAUUGAUUUUCUAAAGCAAUCCCAUUGUCUUUUAGUCCGUGGCGACGAGCGAAAAAGCAAGCAUUUUACUUCGAGCGCUCGCCGUUUCGCUCGUCUCAGUGACUGAGAGACCGCAACCGCCCAAACUAAGGCGGGGUUACAUUCGUUUCGCUUCAACUCGCUUUGUAAUUGUAUUGGUAGAGAAACUAGCCUCGAUUUCUUAGCUAAUCAGAAGCAAAGUUAAGGCUAAUCUUUGGUUAAGCUCGCUGGUUGUACCGCGCUCGAGAAUGUCUAUACAUAUACGUACUUGCUUUGAGUUCUCAUCGACUCCUGGAGAUAUUUAUCUUUUUCCUGAUAGAAAAAUCAACUAGUGCUUAACUCAGGUUUAUAAGCAUUAAAUCUACCGCGGGGUUUUCGACAGUUUACUCAGCACCCUGUUCGUUUUCUCUCCUGCUACAUACAGGUGAAUUGGGGAUCAUCUGCGCAAGCGUACACUUUCGUGCAGGCCUUGCGCUACACUCGCCGAUUGGAUGGAAUUGGUCAUCACGUGAAAAACUUCCGUCCACAUUGUUUAGUGCUAACCGGACAUCCACACGACCGACCCAACCUUACAUACCUAGUGUCCCAGAUAACUAAAAACGUCAGCCUUAUGGUGUACGCUAAUGUGAUAAAGGAAGCUUUUGGAAUGCUCCCUGAAGACGAAUCAGAUGUCGAGUGGAUGAGAAAACACAAGAUCAAAGCUUUCCGCGCUGUGACCACAGGUAAACAAUGUACUGCCGAAUUACUGAAGAGUUGCCUUCUAUUCAAUUUUAAUUUUUUGAUUUCCGCCGGUGUGUAUCAGUUUUCACUGUGACUAACGCUCGAAAAGUCAGCUUUAGAAACUCUCUGCGGUGGCCAACUUACAUUUUCAACUCAGUUGGUAAAACCAAUUUUAUUUUAUAUCAGUUUUAGUCAACAUGUUUUAUUGUUUUCUUUUUCCUGUGAUUCGUAAUACAUCCCCAAAUUAUAUACGUUUUUCUUGUUUGAAGAUAUGUUUAAUGGGUGGCAAAUGGUUACAUUUGUGUGCGAGGGGUUGCAUUUCCGUGCUUUGUUCACGAAGCACAAGGGGCAAAUGAAUGACUGAUAGACUAUUGGUUAUCAAGAGGGCAUGAUUAUUUGAUACUGAUUUGCGAGUGUGCAUUGACCUGGGGCUCUCACAUGAAAUGGGUUCUAAAAAAAAAUCCCAGGAAAGCAGCACUCCUCUAAAUUAGUACUAACAUCGCUGCCCUACCCUUACAAAAAAAAGAGAGAGAAUCUUUAGAAAAUGCUCGAAAUUAAUCCGUAAUUGCCUUCAGGUCCAUGGAAUCACAGAGGAAAACUUGUGUCGCAUGUGUAUUCGGUAAGAAGAGUUCAUUUUCUCUACUGAUGUCAUCUCUCUGUUCCCAUUUUCCCUCUCUACAGCGCCCAGUCUCCGCAUGGGGGUGCAGUCCAUGAUUCACCUCACCGGACUGGGAAAGAUGCGGCCAAACACGGUUGUCAUGGGCUAUAAGAAUAACUGGACAGAUAAGAGGUACUUAAGUGAGGUAGUAGACUAUCUUGGCGUUAUUAACGACGUCUUCGAGCUGAAGUAUGGUCUGGUCAUUCUUCGAAUGAACGAAGAACAGAAGAAAAAUUUCAUCGUAGAGAAGGUGGAUGAAAGCUCUUCGUCGGAUUCGGACUCGAUUAUAGAAGAAGACGAAUAUCCUAAGCCCAAACGUUCCUCUCCGGCGAAAAAGUCAACGAACGAAGAGAGAGAAAGUCUUACUAGCCCUGAGAAGGCGUCCGAACUAACGUCCGAAUCUUCGCCGACACCGGAGGUCAAGAUUGCAUUGAAAGAGAAACAAACGGGCACCAUCGAUGUCUGGUGGCUGUACGACGAUGGUGGCCUGACGGUAUUGCUGCCGUACCUGCUGACACUUCAUCGUGCCUGGAAGAAGUGCAAAUUGAGGUUUUUCUCAGCUAACAUUCGCUCCAAGCACGAGGUGAAUCCGCAAGGUUUGCAAAUGGCAAACUUGUUAAAGAAGUUCCGCUUUGACGCUAGCUGCGUGGAGCAAGUUGAAAUCAAUGAACCGCCGUCGAAGGAGAGCAUCGAUGCUUUCAGACGUCUGCCAGUCAAAGAGGAGCUUGGAGAAGAGCCUAUCAAAGACCAGAAAGUUCUUAGAACGAUUCGCAUCGGAGAACUCGUGCGGCAGCACUGCUCAGAGGAGACAAGGUUGGUCGUAAUCUCCAUUCCAGUCCCCGUCACUGACGUCACAACCCCUUUGAUGUACAUGAGUUGGCUUGAGGUGAUGUCCGCUGACUUACCGCCGGUUCUACUCGUACGUGGCAAUCAAACCAAUGUGUUGACAUUUUACUCGUAGUUUAGACUUUAUUUUUUGGUCAUAAACCUUUUCUUAGCCUACAUACACGUCCUACGAAGGCGGUUUUGUUUCAAUUUGAUAGUUUAGCGAACUCAGCUCAUACUGAUAAAUAUUACUGGCGAAACAG